AUGCUGUUCAUCGGAUGUGUGAUCCCUCCCUUUCGAUCGGCCGAACGCUCCGGAGAGGCGGGCAAGUUGGAACUGGACUAUUCCAGCUCCAGGAGACCUCCAGGAGGUGCACAGGUCUUGGAUGCUGACACCUUUCAACGGAUGCUCAUCGCUUUGCAGGAUCAGAACUUCUACAAGAAGGGUAUUGCUGGCCACAAGAACGAGGAGAACGCCACAGCAAAGCAGGCGAAGCUUCCCCGCGAUGACAUGCAGGCCUUGAGGAUGGUUGCGCACUUGAUCUAUGUCACAGCGCUUCAGACUCGAGCCUUGCUGGAGUGCUUUCUGGAUGAGAGUGACCGAGAAGAUUGCCUCGUGACACUCUUCAACCGCAUCGCCGACCUACACAAUGAGAAGGUCUUCUCAGUCCGCUUUGAAGAGAAGGAUCAGGGUGAACAGGUGAACCGGCUGCGGAAGAGAUUGGGUUCCUUGGUCUUCUUCCCGUGGAUUCAGCCGGAGCAGGCACGCUUUGCGCUGUGGCUUGAGAAUGUGGAUGACAGGGCUGCCCUGUGUGCCAUCAUUCACUUGGCCAAGAAGGAGAGGAUGAGCAAUAUCCAGAAGCCUCGGUGGAUCAAAGCGGACGGGACUGAGGAUCCGCUGACCUUUGGUUUGCCUCGCAGUGGAAAGCUGAGGGACCGGGGACGAAGUGAUUCGGGACACGAAGGUUCGAUAAGCACAACGAGUCGCGUUUCCUGA